UUUUUUUUUUUUUUUGAAGAGUCUAAGGUUGUUGCAGUCUGCUUUUAAUAUUUGUAACAAGCAAAGAGAAUUUUUUGAUUGGUUUAAGAAUUUCCCUUGGGAAGGUACAGCCUCAAUGUGUACAUAAAUUUAUUUAAUCUUUUUUUUUUUUUGGGAACUUCUCGUCCUGCUUGAACGUUGCUUUACUGCCACAUAAAAGAUUGUGUAUAUUCUAAGUAUAACUUGAACUUGUUCGAAUCAUUCCAAAAGUGAGCUUGCCGUUUUAGAGAAACAGGGACUUUAUAUAUAUACAGAUAUAUAUAGAGAUAUAUAUAUAUAUAUUUUUUUUUGAAUCAAGAUCUCUGUUUGUUCCUUUUACCCAUUGUACAGAAGGGUGGGUUAUGGACUUGGUUACCCGUAGCUGGGUUUCUUAUACCAUUAAGGGAGGGGCUAGGCAAGUUUGUGUUUGGGUAGACUUUUCUAUUCUCUUUCUGAAAAUCUAGAAUUCAACUUAGUGGGAAAGACUAGAGAAUCCAGAAUACAGUGGGGAGAGGAAGGUUGACAGCUACGAAGGAGGAAAAGGGUUGCCGUCGACGAGCGCCAAAGUGAGGUCCGACAGCGCCUGAAGGCAUCACGGCUUUUCUCACACCGUUGUUACGGGAUCGAAUGGUGAGGGGCUAGAUUUUUGUGUUGUUUGUUUGAGGGUGGUGAAUCGAACCUCGAAGUCGCGAAAGGGGGAGAGAGACGAGUUGGGCAGAGAGAGAAAGGAGGGAAGAAGAGUGUUGCAAGUCACAGAAAGCGCCGUUAGGUGAGCCGCAAGGGUGCUGUGGGGCGAUCGGUUGGGCUGUUGGGAGUUGAAUUUUGAUUCUGGUGCGGUUGCUAGGGCUGGGUUCUGUUUGGGUCUUGAUUGAAGGACCUGUGCGUGAGCCAUCGGCAGCAAGGUUGGGUUUCGAUCUGUUUGAUUCGGUAAAGUUGGGUUUCUAAGGGUUGACAGUGGGGAGAGGAAGGUUGACAGCUACGAAGGAGGAAAAGGGUUGCCGUCGACGAGCGCCAAAGUGAGGUCUGACAGCGCCUGAAGGCAUCACGGCUUUUCUCACACUGUUGUUACGGGAUCGAAUAGUGAGGGGCUAGAUUUUUGUGUUGUUUGUUUGAGGGUGGUGAAUCGAACCUUGAAGUCGCGAAAGGGGGAGAGAGACGAGUUGGGCAGAGAGAGAAAGGGGGGAAGAAGAGUGUUGCAAGUCACAGAAGGCGCCGUUAGGUGAGCCGCAGGGGUGUUGUGGGGCGAUCGGUUGGGCUGUUGGGAGUUGAAUUCUGAUUCUGGUGCGGUUGCUAGGGCUGGGUUUUGUUUGGGUCUUGAUUGAAGGACCUGUGCGUGAGCCAUCGGCAGCAAGGUUGGGUUUCGAUCUGUUUGAUUCGGUAAAGUUGGGUUUCUAUGGGUGGAUUCUGAGAGGAGCAACGAAACAGGAAACAAACCAGGAAGGAAAAAAAAGAAGAGCUGCGGGAAGGGAAAGGAAGAAGAACGGCAGACGCUCGUCGCGAUUGGGGCUUCCUAAGGUUGUAAAGGUAUGGGUCUGUGCAUAGUUGAUUUGAAUUAUGUUCUCAUGUAUAGAUUCAUAUAUAUAUAUAUAUAUAUAUGGUGUUAUUUUGUGGAAAAUAGGAGGUUUUGUGAAAAACAGAGGUGAGCCACGCAAUAAAAAUAUUGUUUGGUUUUUUUUUUUUUUUUUAAUUUAGCAUGAGGCAGAUCAAAAAAAAAAAAAGUUGUGUUUUGGAGAAUUGUAGAGGUCUAUAAUAAAAUGUUAAUAAAAAGAGAAAAUGUUGGAAAGUAAUUAAUAACGAAUAAAUGGAGAAGUGUAUGCUGAAUAAGAAAAGAACUGUUAGAAUAAAUAUCGGAGAGCUAUUUGGCAAAAUUUUAGUAUUGUAUUGCGAGUGAUGAAAUUUUAUUGUUUUAUGAUUUAUAGGUUGUAAACAGAAAAGCUGAACCGAGGGAAGCUCUAAAAGAAUUUGGAGAAAUAUAAAAAUAAGGAAAGGCGAGCUUUUGUGAUAUGGCUAAAGUAAAAGGGGGAAGUGUUGUGUCCAGUCGCAGCCCGCAACAAUCACUAGUAGGUUCUUCUGGCAUUUCCAAGUCAAAAGAGGGUAAAUCCAAGAAGAAUCUUUUUAACGCCAAGAAAGACACGGAUCCUCCAAACGUCCCUCUAGUGGAAUAUUGGUGUAGGGCACCUUUCUUUGGUGCCAUGGAUUUGUUUUGGGCGAGGGUGGAUUUAUUUGAUGACAAUGGCGGUGUCCCGACUGAUUCGACUGAUUUCCUUCUUGGUGGGGUUGAGCCAGAAAAAGGGAUUGAAGCUUUUGUUCCUCCAGAGUCUAUCGUACGUUUUCAUGUAGAGAGGGGCACUUAUCCGUAUUCUUUUCCAGCUUUUGAGGAUUAUAUAGGGCCUAAAGAUGACUUUGAUAUCUGGAGCGCAGCUAUCUUCCGUCAUCCCUCAUAUUGUGAGGUGCUUGUUGGAGCUAAGAUUGCUACUGCUAUUUCUCAGUGCAUGCGAAUUAGACGGGAGCCAUCUUGGCUGGAGUUCGCAUUGUCACGUUGGAGUUCAAGUUCUCAUACUUUUAUUGCACAGUGGGCCGAGACGACCCCUACUCUAGAGGAUGUAGUUGUUUUGACGGGGCUAGAGCAUCUUGGAUCGGCGAACCCUAGCGUAGGAUGUUUGUCCCUUAGCCAGAUGGCUAUUGUUGGGAGAUUGGAGGAGGGCCGUGGCACCGGCAGGGAAGUUAUUAAGUCGUUAUCAAAAUAAAGUGUUAGUAACAUCUCGAUCACGAAAACGUCCAAAAAACACUUUCGGGGGAUGGCUUCGGUACUGGUUUUGAGAUCUUAGCCAUCAGGUGCAAGGAAAUGCGGAGGAUGGAUUCAUAGGUCCAGGGAUGGAAGGGGACAAGUGGGGGAGUAUUGAGCAUUUAGCUGCUUUUAUUACAUAUUGGUUGUCGCGGUAUGUCUUGAUGGGUAGACCCCAAGACGGUAUUUGCCAUGCGCUCUUUCCUCUUGCUGCCAUUCUUGCUUCCAGCCGUCCGAUUCCGUUGGCUCCUUUAUUUUUGGGGGGACUGUAUAGGAGGUUAGAUAUGUAUCAGGAGGGUGUUGAUCGUUCCAAAGGACGAUACGAUGUUACCAGCUUCCUUCCUACUACCUUUCUACAGUUGUUUUUGUAUGAGAGAUUUCCCAGCUUGGCCCCUAUGCCAAAGGUGUUUUCCAUUGAAGAAAGUGAGCCGCGUUCAGCUAGGUGGGCUGAGGGAUGUGUACAGGGGAGUUUGGCCAGCAUUUUUGAUUUUGAGGACAAGUUUGUUGCUCGUCCUUAUGUUAUGCCAGUUUGUGGAGUAUCUUCUACCGUUGCCUACCGCCUAGAUGAUUGCGAGCUUGUUCUCGAGCCGGGUGUGUCUUAUUUGGGGGAUGCGGAUUCAGCGAUGGUUCUUA